AGAUGUUUUCUACAACGUCGUGGGGGAUCCACGCAUCCACGUUUAUUCGACGAAAAGUUAUAUCUAUAAAAUUAUAUUUAUAAAAAACAUUUUAUAUUGUACGAAACAUAUAUAUUAGUAACCAUGACUAUCGUGACAAUUUUAAACCGCAAUAUUAAUUUAACUCGGUUAUCCAACCUGCAUCAACGCGCGUGUAUCUUUGGAUUCUUUCAGCAAGAUGCGCGAUUUAUGGCAUCCUAUGAAAAAUUCGCCCAGCAUAAGCCUUUGGAAAAGGUCAGGAACAUUGGUAUAUCGGCUCACAUAGACUCUGGGAAAACUACCUUGACUGAACGUAUCUUGUAUUACACCGGUAGAAUAGCUAAGAUGCACGAGGUAAGAGGAAAAGACAAUGUCGGUGCUACAAUGGACAGCAUGGAAUUGGAGAGGCAAAGAGGCAUCACUAUUCAAUCAGCCGCGACGUACACAAUAUGGAAGGAUCACAAUAUUAAUAUCAUCGACACGCCGGGACACGUGGACUUUACGGUGGAAGUGGAAAGAGCACUGCGCGUCUUGGAUGGAGCUGUACUCGUUCUCUGUGCCGUGGGCGGUGUCCAGUCACAGACCCUAACUGUAAAUCGACAAAUGAAGAGGUACAACGUGCCUUGUCUCGCGUUUAUCAACAAGCUCGACAGAAUGGGCGCAAAUCCGAAGAAGGUCUUGCAGCAGAUGAGGAGCAAGCUGCAGCACAAUGCUGCCUUCAUCCAGUUACCGAUUGGUCUGGAGGGUAACGUGAAGGGUAUAGUCGAUCUGAUCGCUCAGAAGGCUGUCUACUAUGAGGGAAACUUUGGCGAGAUUAUCAGGGAGGAUGAAAUCCCGAAGGACAUGAAUGCAGAGGUGAAAGAUAGGCGACAAGAAUUAAUCGAACACUUGGGCAACGUCGAUGACGCACUCGGUGAAUUGUAUCUAAAUGAAGCAACGAUAACCGAGAAAGAUGUCAUGGAUGCCAUACGUAGGAGUUGCAUGAAGAGAAAAUUCACUCCCGUACUGGUCGGUACUGCAUUGAAAAACAAGGGAGUUCAGUCGUUGCUUGAUGCGGUGUUAGAUUAUUUGCCGAACCCGGGAGAAGUACAGAAUUAUGCUAUGCGAGAAACGUCCAAGGGCAAAGAAGAGAAAGUUUUGUUAGAUUUUGCCCGUGACGAUAAGAAACCUUUCGUCGGAUUGGCGUUCAAGCUGGAAGCUGGAAGGUUCGGCCAGUUAACGUAUUUCCGUUGUUAUCAGGGAAUGCUGAGAAAAUCAGAGACUAUAUACAAUACAAGGACAGGGAAGAAGGUGCGAGCUCAGAGAGUAGUCCGGCUUCAUUCGAAUCAGAUGGAAGAUGUGACAGAAAUUUACGCCGGGGACAUCUUCGCUCUGUUCGGCAUUGAUUGCGCGUCGGGCGAUACUUUCGUCAAGGAGUCUAAAUUACAGUUGUCCAUGGAAUCGAUUUUCGUCCCCGACCCCGUGGUGUCCAUGUCGAUUCAACCAGCGCACUCGAAAGAUCGAGACAAUUUCGCGAAAAGCAUCAACCGUUUUACCAAAGAAGAUCCAACCUUGCGAUUUUACUAUGAUACGGAUAGUAAGGAGAGUAUAAUCUCGGGUAUGGGCGAAUUACAUUUGGAGAUUUAUGGACAAAGAAUGGAGCGUGAGUACAAUUGUUCAAUCAUCCUAGGCAAGCCGAAGGUCGCCUUCCGAGAGACCUUAAGCGAGCCAUGCGAGUUCGAUUAUCUUCAUAAAAAGCAAUCCGGCGGUGCUGGUCAAUAUGCUCGUGUGUCCGGAAUCCUCGAGCCACUGCCACCUGAGCAAAACACAACCAUCGAAUUCUCGGACGAGACUGUGGGCACCAAUGUUCCGAAGCAAUAUAUCCCAGGAGUGGAGAAAGGCUUUAGAAGUAUGUGCGAGAAGGGCUUGCUCAGCGGUCACAAGAUUGCUGGCGUCAGAUUUAGACUGCUUGAUGGUAUGCAUCAUUGCGUCGAUUCUUCGGAAUUUGCCUUCUUCCAAGCCGCGCAGGGUGCCGUCAGGAAUCUAUUUGAGGACGGUAAUUGGCGAAUCUUGCAACCCGUUAUGUUAGUCGAGGUGACGGGGCCAGAAGAAUUUCAGGGUGUCGUAAUAAGUCAAAUCAAUAAGAGAAAAGGAAUUAUAAACUCGACGGAAAUAAACGAGAGCUGGUUCACGGUCUCUGCGGAAGUGCCGCUUAAUGAUAUGUUCGGUUACGCGGGUGAAUUGAGAUCCUCGACGCAGGGUAAGGGAGAAUUCAGCAUGGAAUACGCGAGGUACAGCCCUUGCCUACAGGAGCUCCAGGAGGAAGUCAUCAGGCAGUAUCAAGAAUCACAGGGGAUAACAGUCGCCCAGAAGUCGAAGAAUUGAUCAUAGAACGAAAAACGAAGUUAGCGAAAAUUUGCGCGAAAAUUAUCUUGUGGAUGUCAUUUAAGUUCGUGGCAAUGUAUGUCAUUAUAUCUAUGAUAUACUUGCUUACCUGAUAUAAGCCGACAAAUUAUUAGUAGCAAGGAUAAGUAAAUAACAUGAAUGCGAAUGAUUCAAAUUAAAUUAAAUGUAAUUAUAUGAAUGUAUCGAGAAGGGGGACUGUAAAUAUUAGUUUACGUCAAAAAUAUGUGAUGUAGGAACGAAAUAAGUCGAAAAUAUAAUUAUUAUCUACAGACUUAA